AUGGAGGGCAGCGCCUACAUCCACAGCACGUCGCCGAAGCCCGUGUCGUCGAAGAUGAAGAAGGCCUACCGCGACGAGGACGAGGAGAACCUGGCGGGCAACAACAUCAUGUUCGACCGGCGCGUCGUGCGGGGCAACACCUACGCGGCCCAGGUCGUGACCCAGAACGCGCAGCGCGAGGUCGAGCGGCUGCGGCAGGAGAACGAGCGCACGCUGCGCCGCGAGGCGACGCGGCGGCGGCGCGAACAGCUCGAGAAGCCGUCGACGCCGCCGGCCGUCGACGGCCGCGCGCACAUGGAGGCCCAGACGGAGACCUUCCUCGAGGAGCUCGCGGACCGGCCCGUCGAGGCCGAGGCGACGACGCAGACCGAGCCCUUCGUCGACCGGCCGCCGCAGGUGCUCUUCGUGCCGAGCAAGACGGGCGUCGACAAAGAAACCGAAAUCCCCGGCGGCGACCUCUUCGACUUCGACGUCGAGGUCAAGCCCAUCCUCGAGGUGCUCGUGGGCAAGACGCUGCGCAUCUCCAUGCUCGAGGUCAUGGAGGAGGAGGAGCUCGAGGCCAUCCGCCGCCGGCAGCGCGAGUUCGAGCAGAUGCGGAACGCGGAGCUCAUGGAGGUCCAGCGCCUCGACGCGGAGGCGAGCCGCAAGUUCGCCGAGAAGCAGCGCCGCGUCGCCCAGGAGAAGGAGCGCCUGCGCAUGCAGGCCGAGCUCGAGACGAAGGUCGCCGCGCGGUCCUUCGCUCGCAACUACCUCGUCGACCUCUCCGACGCGGUCUUCGACGCGCUCGAGACCACGGGCCACUUCUACGACCCCGUGCUCAAGGAGGUCGAGGACGUCUUCCUCCCCUGGCUCCUCGACGGCGUCGUUGCCGACGCGGACAACCACGGCGCCGCGCGCGCGUGCUCGGACGCGCUCGUCGCCGACGCCAUGGAG